CAUGAACCAGUAGUAUACUUCCAAUAAUUUCUACUAAUCCUCUUGUGGACCUUUGUAGAUUGAUCAUUAUCAAGGCUUCAAUGCCUACUCUAUACCUUUCAACAUGGUCAAACACUAUGCCGUCACGGCUGCCAUCUGCCGCUCCUUUCACUCUAUGUGUUUGUUUGCUUGCUCAUCAUUCUUUGUCUCUAUUCUUAUCCUACUGUACUCAUUGAUCUACAAUGGGCCGUGAUUAAUUAUGUUACAUGUCAAACACGUCUAGUGUUGUUUCAUGACUGACAUUCAUGAAGGUGAAUGGUCAUGAUGGGGUUCCAGGACCGUGUCUCUCUCACUAUGGAUUCAUACUACUUUCUACUUUAGACGAGCGUGUUAUUCCCAUCUCCUUACAGGCUCAUCUCUCAGUCUCUUCAGGAUUUACUGUUAUGGAGCAAUAGAAUAUCUUUCCUCCACCGCAUUCCAAAUCCGCAGACUCAAUAUUCUGUCUUUUCUUUUUCUUCUUCACAUUGCCUUACCCUUACCCAGGCACUGCGAUAGACGCUGAAGAUGUCUCCCAUCCAAGCCCGGGAACCAUCUAUUCUUGAGAUAGCGGACCAUAGAUCACCAACUCUGACAAUCUACGACAGCGACACAGAUAGUAGCGCCAACAUUGCGGACGACCUAGACGGGUUCCAGGAUGCAGAUGAUGUGGAGAUCGUCUCUCACAAUCGUCAUCGGGAUCCAACACCGUUCCUUCUCAACAUAAAUGCAGCUGCAAGCCGACAGGAGAUAGUUGACCUCACUGCUGGAGGGGCCCAGUCUUUUGGCGAAGGUGAUUAUUUGACUGACGAAGACUUUGAGUUGGUGCUACAAACAUGGCUUCUACGGACUCCAAGCCCAACAGCAACUGUAUCAGCGGAGGAAGAGCGUGCAGAAACGAGAUACCUUGUCCAAGAAGCUUGCAUAAACGGAAUAGUCUACAAAGAAGGACAGUCACUCGAGCUCCAUGAUGGAUCGUAUCUUCGGAUAUGUACCGUGCUCAAGGAUUGCAUGGAAGCAGUUUAUUUCAGCGGACGUCGCCUUAUUAAGGCCCGAAAUCACGCCGGGACUUAUCUUCCCAAAGAGCGGAAUGAGCUUGUCUGGAUUGCCAAUGAGACCGAAGUAAUACCCUUUCUGCUUGCCAAGAGAUUUGUUAUAAUUAACUUCACCAGUUCCUGCCAUGUUCAUGCGGACCAACAGAAGCUGGCUAAGCCGAAUGAUCUCUGGUGCCGAUUGAAGGAGACUCUGGAAGAUGGAGAAGUAUCGAUAGAGUUUGUAUCAUUUGCAGAAGCGGAUGAAGGGUAUAAGAUUGAAUCGACUGUCUUACGACGCUCGUGGAGAGGAGAGACUCAAGCUUUCGGCGAAGCAGAACACGAUAGAGGCCGCUCCCCUGUAAUUUUGCUGGACGACGCCGAUUCCCUUGUCGACCUCACAGGCUUAGAAAGUAUGGAAGAACGAAAGAGACGUCGACAAUAUACAUUUGGAGAUGGAUUCUGCGGUGCUGGAGGCGUUUCAUGUGGUGCUCGCCGAGCAGGCCUCUACAACAAGUGGGCGUUCGACAAUUCCGAACACGCGACUUCUACAUAUCGACUUAACUUCGAGGAUACUGAUUGCGAGCUGAGCGAUAUAUUCAGCUUCUUGACGAAUGAUGACGAGUUUUUAAAAGUAGAUGUCAGUCACGGCUCGCCGCCGUGCCAGACGUUUUCACCAGCACACACGGUGGAAAGUCGGCACGACGACGCGAAUUUCGCGUGUAUCUUUUCGUGUUCGAAUCUUAUCAGACGGGCCAAACCCCGCGUCCACACCAUGGAAGAAACAAGCGGGUUGCUCGACCGAUACUGUGACACGUUUUACCGUGUCAUAAACGAUUUUAUCGAAAUAGGGUACUCUGUCCGCUGGGGUGUCCUGAGGGCUUUUGAGUACGGAGUUCCACAAACGCGAAAGAGGCUCAUUGUUAUUGCUUCUGGACCCGGAGAAAUUCUGCCAUCUUUCCCUCGCCCCUCGCAUGGCCCAGGCCUGAAGGAGUACCCUACCAUCUACCAAGCUAUUGCCAACAUCCCCGCGAGAGCACUAGACCAUGAUAUAGAUGCAGCACUAAGCCGUGGUCUCAGCAAACCUCCUUACGACCCACACCAACUAGCGCGGACCAUCACCUGCGGUGGAGGUGAUAAUAAUUAUCACCCCUCCGGGGGAAGAAACUACACAAACCGGGAGCUGGCAUGUUUACAGACCUUCCCGAUGACAUUUAAAUUCGGCCAAUAUGAGGUCAAAAAACAGAUCGGGAACGCAGUUCCACCCUCACUGGCUGAAGCUCUGUAUAAGGAAAUUGUUCGAUCCCUGCAGAAGACGGAUGAGGAAGAGCUUGCGAGGAAUAUGGGAGGAUGAAGGUCUUGGCGAGUUGACCUUGUCUUUCGUUGGUUGAUAUGAUUUUGGUAAUGGAGAUUUCCCGAUUUUUCGAAUAGUCAAUUGUUGAGAAGGAUGAGAAACGUUGAUCGGCCACAUGCUUACUACUCUUUCUUCCGCUUGAUAACCGCGGAACCGUGAUGCCGUCAACCGCGGGUAUUAUUAGUACUUGGGUGAUUGAACACAUCAUUUCAGAUUGAUUGAGGGAAAGGGAGAAAUCUUGCUCCCAUGGUCGUAGUUGAAAUUGAGGUUAGAAUAUCUUCCGAUCGUAAAAACUGUUGAGUAAGAGCAAUUAAAAGGAUCCCGAGGAUAUGAUUGAUCAAUGGACAGAAGGAAUGCGCAUAACCGGCAAUAACCGCGCGUAAACAAAGCCAACCGGCCUCGGCUUAAAGAUGUCAACCUUCC